AUGUUGCAAAUGCGCAUCGUCUGUAGGCUGACCGUGGCCGCAGAUUAAAAACUCACCGUCGAAACAGUCGAAACAGAAAAAACACACUCCCUCUUCUACCCCACCUCCUCCUUCUCGCCCUCCUCCUCCUCCUCCUCCUCCUCCUCCUCCUCCUCCUCCUCAUCAUCAUCAUCAUCAUCAUCCUACUCCUUCUUCUCCCCGCCGCCGCUGACCCACUCGCCAGACUAGUGGGUUGCGUCCGCUCACUCUGGCAGCCUAGAAUGUUCGUUCCCUUUUAGACAACCCGAAGAUCAACCGACCGGAAUGGAGGACGAUGCUAAUGACUCGGUAACCGGCGCUCUACAAAGUGAAAAUCGCUGCAGUCUGCGAGACCCGGUCCAAAUGAAGGAGGUUGGUGGCAGCCCGAAGGCAGGACGAUGGGACGCGGGCGUCAGCUUUGCCAUCCGGAAUGACGUCGUCGGAUGACUGCAUUGUCUGCCGCAGGGCAUCAAUGAGCGCCUGAUGAGUCUUCGCCUACAUCUCCAGAGAGGCUAAUUCGCCACAAUCGACAGCGUCUACGCUCACCCAUCGUUGGCCAGCUCUGACGGGGCGAGGAUCGAAUCCUACGAGGGUAUCACGCUUUCCUGGCAACCGAGCCGGACGUGGAUAAUUUGAAUGGCCUUGGUGAGUUCAACGUCCUCGUCGACACAGACCAUGCAGCGUGAAGAGGAUUGCUGGAUACCCAUGGUCUCGACAAUUGCAAUGGCAAUGGCCUACUCCCCCUAGAACCUGCGGCGAGCACCGUCUCAUCCUGACCAACACCUUCUCUCGUCUCCCGAUGCGAGGCAAGGCCACUUGGAUGCACCCACGUUCGCGUCAAUGGCACUUGCUGGACUAUGUCCUCGUCCAGAGGCGAGACCAACGAGACGUCCUGGUGACAAGGGCGAUCCCGGGUGUUAAAGCGUGGACCGACCAUCGCUUCGUCAUCUCCAGAAUGAGGAUUCGCCUACAGCCUCGCAGGAGACCAUAAGGUAAGCAACCCCAGGUAGGCCGAAUAUCGUUUCGUUAUCUUUGCGUGAACACCAUUUUCAUUUCAGUAAUGAGCUAUUUCAACAACAAACCGACCUUCCAGCCGCCGCCGGCGCCACCGACAAGGACGUCUCCAUGGAGAACCGGUGGUGUCUACAGAGGGACACGGUCCAGCUACGACCUAGCUGUCCUCGGGUAUGCACGUCGGCAACAUCAGGGCUGGUUCGACGACAAGCUCUGCCUCAAAUGGAGACCAACGUCGACCUCGACCACCCGCCCUCUUCUCUCUACGAAACCAUCAGGACCGUGCAGCAGCUCUCGGAUCGGACGCGAUCCGAGCUGAGAUCGACAAGCACGGUGACUUCCAACUCAUGGAUCAUCUGA